AUCGUGGUUGCCCUAAAGAGGAAGAUGGAAUUUGCAAGAAGCGCGUUCGAGAAAACUGCACUAUUGCAAGGGUCCAAUUUCAAUGCCCAAAAUUGUGUGGAGUCUGUGGUAAAUAUCACUCCCUUAACCUUAACCCCAAUGUCUUGAGAACGGACAACAAUCGAUAUCUGCCCGAUUUUCAAGUAGAGUUGCCUGAAUUUUAACUUUUAUCUGCCCGACUUAGUGAAAUGAAUAACUGAAAUACUACUCUCAGAUAAACUGCCUAUUUCCUCCUUGAAACCAAAUCUGACCCACAGACACGCGUAUGGGGGAGGGGGUCAAGACCCACGUGUUUAUGCCUCGUGAUUUUCUCGCGAGGGGUCUCGCGAGCAUACCGUUUUAAUAAGAAGCCCCUCCAUCCCAAGAAGCCCCCUCUCUGGUACGCAUAUGCAUCGAAUACACUGUGUUUCGUCCAAUGUGUGGCGAGGAAAGAAUAACAACCUAGUUAUUUGUAAAUAAUGUAUUAUACAACUAAAUAAUGGAAAAUUCGAUAUAUUUUUGCUGAUAACAUUUUUUUUACAUUUUGCGCCCCAUAAAAUGUUAUUUGAAUGUGUAUUUCUGUCUCUAGACAUGUAGUAUUAACUAUUGUGAAGCAUUUUUAGUGUCUUUGUCUGGCGCACAGAAUUCUACCAUAUAUUUCAAAAUUAAUGAAAUUAUGUUUGUUUAGGUAGGUUGUAAAGAUAAGGUGGCUCCUUGCAGUUGUAAAGAAACGGCAGCGAAAACUAAGGUCUUCACAAUGAUGCAGAGACAAUGAUGCAAAAUAAUGGAGAUUUUUUAGACGUAGAAACGCUUUCAUCAUCUUUAAACUUCAAGCAUCAUCGUUCGAAAAAAGCAAAUUGCGUAUUGCUAUGGUAACAAUGUGGCCUAAGCGAUAGCAGAUUAAGAUCAAAAUUUGGACUAAAAUUAAAUGUAUUAUAAAUUUUCCUUCGGUCAAAGUUAAUUCUGAAAUUUUGUAGGUGUAAAGAGAAUAUGUGGAGUAUUUGAGAUAUUACACGAAAUUUGUUCCACAAAAACUGUUUAUAGAACUUUUCAAAAAUCGAGUAUAUUGCAACAAAUGACUAGUACUUUUAAAAUACAAAAUUGCAGAAAUAUUGAGCGAAUGAAAAAAAAUUCAACUCGACAAGAUCACGUCAUUUUGUUGCCAGUUCCAUGCUUAAAGGUCCUUAAACAACUGUAGGGAGCCACCCUAAUAAAAAAGCAGUUUUUAAUAAGAUUGUUGGAAGUGUAUCAAAUCAUUGUGCCUAAGAAUCAGUUUCAAAACUGAACAUACAAGAAAUGAAGAUUCAGAGGGUCAAAAAUACGCUUUAAAACCACCAUGGUUAAAAACUCCCUGGUCAAUUUAUACUAAUUAACACUGUUUGGGGUAACUUGGUGUUCCUCAUUAAUUAAAUUUCCAGAAUAAUUUAACCACAGUCCUGGUUAGUUUGAUUAUGAUUGAUUCACCGUACCUAACACAAUUUAGUUAAUGCAAGCAUAUAGCCUGGAUAAAUUAUACCCGUAGGAAUCCUGGUUAAUUAAAUUAUCCAGGUGCCCAAGGCUGUAACUAGACGGGAUAAUUGGGGGUGGAGGGUGUAUUCAUAUAUUCAUGUUCACAUACAUGUAACGUAAAAACAAUCGCUUUCAAAAGAAAUCCGUUGGGCAGAACACGAAUAUAUGAAUAUACCCCCCCCCCCCCCCGCAUUAUCGCGUCUAGGAACGGCCCUGCAUGUGCCCAGGACUAUGGUCAAAUUAAUUAACCAGGAAUGUGGUUAAAUUAUAACCAAGCAACAUUAAGUUAUACCCCAAACAGUGUUAAUUUUAGAUUUCCUUUUAUUAGAGUAUACGACCCGUCAAACUUCUUACUUGUCAGGACAACUUGCUAGCCCACUAGCUAUCUUUUACACUAUACACGUUGUUAGUUUCUAUCUAUUUUAUACUCUCGAUGAUUUUCAGCACCGUUCUCUCCGAAGUGUCCUGAAGAGUACCCAUUUGGCUGCUGUUGGAACGGCGAUAAAGCUACUGACAUUGACAAGUCUAACUGUCCACGUAUGGCAUUCUUUUUUUUUAAUUUUUUUAUUAAUUUAUUUAUUUCGCCCAAUUUUCCGAAGUACAACAAAAUUUAAGCAUUCACAUUUUUAUAAUCUAUACGUAGGGCUGGAGAUCUUUUAGAAACCUUUUUGGAGAUUUUAUUUUACGACCCCUAGUUAUAACAAAACUUUUUUUUACUUAUAUAGUAUAAUUUCAUGAUGUCAUAAAAAUAGUAUAUAAUAUAAUAACGAAAAUAUAUACAAUCGUGAGAGUAUUUAAAGGAAAGUUAGUCUAUUUACAAGAUUUUUCAGAUUUUUUCUAUAAAAUUAAGUCAUUUAGAAAUUAAUGUAUAUAUUCGAGAAACUGAGAAAGUUAUCCAAAAUUUAGAAUAACCGGCGCUUAUACCUAUUCACUGGGAUUGCCGUAGUUGUGAACUUGCAUGAGGUCAAAGCUCGACAAUCGGACUACAGUUAGUGAGAGUGCUGCACCAGAAUCGCAGGACUGCAGGUGAUUCCUGUUGGAGGGCCUAUAUAGUUGUAUUUUUCGCCACUGCUCCUGGUUAGAAAGCAUACUGAAUUGAAAAUACCCCUGUCGAUAUUUCACUCAACAAUAUUGCAGCUAAUUAACAUUCAACUUACACUGAAAAAAAAUUGUAAAUCCAUAUAGAAGGUCUUAGAAUGGAAAUUGUAUGGACCUUUAAUGGGAAUAGAAUGGAUUUUGGUUAUCCAUAAUAUAAUCGUAUAUUUGUAUAUUGGAUAUAGUAUCGAAAUAGCAUGGAUAUACUAUGGAUUUAGCCGGUGCAAUUGCAAAUUUCAUAGUGUGGAUUUCACAUUUUUUCCCCAGUAGAAUAGCUAUAUAGUGUGUUUUAGAUAGAGUGAUGUCAGUCGAACAGGUGUAAUUAAGGAAGGCUUAGCGAUAUAGAUGGUAAAUAAUAUAAUGUAAUGUAAUGUAAUGUAAUGUAAUGUAAUGUAAUGUACUAAUGUAAUGUAAUGUAAUGUAAUGUAAUGUGAUGUGAUGUGAUGUAAUGUAAUGUAAUGUAAUGUAAUGUAAUGUAAUGUAAUGUAAUGUAUUGUAAUGUAAUGUAAUGUAAUGUAAUGUGACAUUUCAUUCCGGAGAUUAUAGGAAAAUUUCUUGAGGUUAACCAUUGUUAGUAUAAUUACAUAGGUGAUUAUUGAAAAUUCUCCACGUUGAUUGGUUGCCGUUAAGGUGAUUAUUACGCGAUAAUCACCUAAGCGAUUUUCAAAAUGGCGGCCGAAGCCGUUUUGUCGGUUAAAUGACGAAGAAAUGUGUAUUUUUUAUUUCUUUCUAAAUAAUCACCUAUGAAAUUAUACUAAAACAAUUAUUCACCUCAGGCUCGGUGAUUAUCGUGAAUAAAAACCUCGACUUCGUCUAGAUCUCGGUUUUUAUUCACCGAUAAUCACCUCGCCUUCGGCGAAUAAUUGUUAAUUGUCACUGGAUUUCGUCUGUGAUAUAAUCUUGAACUGUCUGUAUCAGUGUGGGUAAUGUUAAUAAUUUCCGCAGUAACUGUUGCUAGUGAGUAUUAAUAAUAUUGGGCCGGCACUACCUACGCAAAAACGCACAAGUUGUUACAAGUCUGCAAACAAGUUAUUACAAAUAUGCUCACAAGUUGUCAACAAGUUGUCUUUGCAUUGUUAACAACUUGUAACAAGCUUGAUGGCUAAUUAUCAGACUUGUUACAAGGUUGUUCUAACAAGUCUGAUACAAUGAGUAUCAUGAUAAAGUUACAAGGUUGACGACACAUGGUUGUAACAAUACUGCUAUAAGUCAUGACUGCAUCGGACUUGUUGGAACAACCUUGUAACAAGCCUGAUAAUAUCAACAAGGUUGUUACAAAUUGUUAACAGCUCGUUCCGAACUUGUUGACACCUUGUGACAAGCAGUGCGAAGACAACUUUUGACGGCUUGUUGACAAACGUGUUUUAUUACAAGAUGUGAGAUUUUUGCGUGUGUACAUUGGCACAGACAGUCCAUAAUAUACAGCAGACGCUGCCCGGCCAGGGUAAAACAUAUUUAAUAUUUAGAAAAGUUCUCCGACUGUAAAUAUUUACAGCAUUUGUUACAAGCUUUCGGCUAUGACUAUGAGUCUAUAGCCUUCGAUCUGAUAAAAUAAUUUUGAAGGACGCUAAAUUUGGUGGCAUGAAGUCUGAAACUAUGCCGACCAUGCUAUCAUAAUUAUUACCACGUGAUUUAAUUUAGUGAGGCGGUUGAAAGUUUUACAAAGGAAUUUUCUGUUUUAUCUUAUUUAGAAUGUGUGGAUAAAAGUACGGCUUGUAAUCACGAAGCAAUAAAAAAAGAUUGCGAUUUUUCCAAAAUGACUGAAAUGACAAGACGGGGCUGUCCCGUGACAUGUGGGGCUUGUCGUGAUUAUGGUAUGUAGUUUAUUGUCAUUAUAUAUAUAUAACUUACGUGGACGUCAGUUUUUCUAUAUGUUUUGAGGGCUUAUAUAUCCAGGGAUACCCGUGUGCGAGGGGGGGGUGAACUCAAAUGUUUGGGGCCCCCUUUCUUUCGCCCCCCCGGGAAAUGUUGGCGGGGAGGUCGACGUUUUCUUGCAAAAAUAAAACGUUCCAAAAAAUUUUUCAAACCUUUGGGAUAACGGGGGUUUAAAAUGCGUUUUUCAGAGCUUUUUCGACCUCGGUUUUUAAACAAUAUUCCUGAGUAUUUAACACGUUUCGCAAUUCCAGCAUUUCGGAGCCCCCUCUGGGGAAAUUGGGCCCCUUCCUUGACUUCUCUUUGGGGGUGUUACACCCCAUACCUCCAGGGUUUAUUCCCGAGAUAUGCAGUUUUUGGUUAUAAUGUCACCUUUCUUUCGCCUGUGGCUAGACGAGUGCUACUGCAUAUAGUUUGACUACAGUAUACUAGUCACCUUUUGUUUUUCAUAAGCUUCGGGUACUUACCGUGACACUGUACCGAUUAAUGAUGGAUGAACCUUACUAUACAGGGUGUAUAAAAAAAAACUGAACAGAUUUGAAAUUGCUCUCAAUUUCGCAAAACACCUAUUUGUAUCCGGUUUUUUUGUAUAUAUAGCUUCUUUGGGUACUUAUAUAAUGUAGAAUAAUGAAAAAAAAUUCUCAAACUCAAAUUUUGUGAACCAGGGGGGAUGUCUUUUCCAACAAACUAAAAAUGGCUCGCGCACAAAAUUUAAAAGUUGGAAUCAUAUUUUGAGUUAAUAGAUAGAAACUUUGUUAGGUUUUUAAUUACUGUACAAAAUUUCAGACAAUUUGGUUUAGUUUAAGUUUAGUUUAGUUUUACGGAAUAAAAUGAAUAGUUAAAGGCUAUUCAUUUUAUUCCGUAAAAAAUCAGCCUUUCGCAUGCUUAAUUAAUGCCUUUACCUAAUUUGCAUAUUGCUAACAUAUGCAAGCAAAGGUAUUAAUUAAGCAUGCAAAUAGCUGAUUUUGAGGAAAAAUGUAACUUUGCGUGAAUAGUUAAAGGGCUUAAACUAAACCAAAUUGUCCGAAAUUUUGUACAGUAAUUAAAAACCCGACAAGUUUUCCAUCUAUUAACUCAAAAUAUGAUUACAACUUUUAAAUUUUGUGCGCGAGCCAUUUUUAGUUUGUUGGAAAAGACACAUCCCCCUGGUUCACAAAAUUUGAGUUCAAAAUUUUUUUUUCAUUAUUCUAUUUUAUAAGCACCCAAAGAAGCUACAUAUAUAAAAAACUGGAUACAAAUAGGUGUUUUGCGAAAUUGAGAGCAAUUUCAAAUCUGUUCAGUUUUUUUUUAUACACCCUGUAGACCAUGCACUGGGAAGAAUAGUUUAGAACUGAUAGGGCUGCCCAGUAGAAAUAAAAUUACUUCAGUUUAGGGGCGGAACAUUAGAAAAGUGAUGGGGGGGGGGGGGGGGGAAAGCAAAGAAAAAAAUCGCCUGAGCAGGGGAAACAGAAAGAAAAAAUAAAUCGAGCACGAAAAAAGUUUAAAAAAUAUAUUCGUGCAGAGCCGACUUUUCAAUAGGGAAAAUUAUAAGUUGUGUAAGGGUGGCCCCCAAAUUUGGAAAAUAAAACGUUUUUUGAUAUAAGUAAUGGUGUGAGAAAAAAGUUUCUAAACCUAAAUCUUGAAGAUAUUGGUGAAAAAAAGGGUUUUAAGCUUGUUUUAACAAAAAUUUGUGAGGGAAAAUUUUUUUUGAACCUUAACUGAUGUCUGUCAGGAAAAUUUUUUGGACCCUUUUUUUUAGGGUCCUGAAAAAAUGUUAACCUCCCCCCCCCCGAGCAAGGGAUUAUUUAAAAAAAAAUUAUCGACAGCUGUUAUGGUAUUAGUGAGUCAUAUUUUAUCUUCUUUUCAUGUGUAUUAAUAUAGGCUUCAAGCCUUGCGAGGAUUCCGAUCCAAGAUGUGCUAAAAUGGAGGACACUGCAUGCUGUGAAUAUUCUGAAAUUCUCCGCGACCUGUGUAAGAAAACAUGCGGAAUCUGCUCUUGA